UUUAACAGCAUCUCAUCAUCGCUGCCGCAAAGGAUCUACUGGUAGCCUUGGCACUUGGAACACCAAGUUCAUAUUUGGCGUGUGGGAUCCUAACCAGAGCGUAUCGUCUAUUUUAUUUGCCCUUUGGAAUUCGUGCCGUUAAUUUGGGUUUACAUUUACUUAGCUUCGAAAUAAAGAAAAUUCAAUGUUCCAGCUUCCAAUUCUGAAUUUCAGCCCUCAGCAGGUGGCGGGGGUUUGUGAGACGUUGGAGGAGAGCGGAGACAUUGAGCGCCUUGGCCGCUUCCUCUGGUCCCUGCCAGUGGCCCCAGCAGCAUGUGAAGCACUCAACAAAAACGAAUCCGUCCUCAGAGCACGGGCCAUUGUCGCAUUCCACACGGGCAACUUUAGAGAGCUAUAUCAUAUCCUGGAGAAUCACAAGUUCACGAAAGAGUCACACGGCAAGUUACAGGCCCUUUGGCUAGAAGCUCAUUACCAGGAAGCAGAGAAACUACGAGGUCGCCCCUUGGGUCCAGUGGACAAGUACAGGGUAAGAAAGAAGUUCCCGCUACCCAGAACCAUCUGGGACGGAGAACAAAAGACUCACUGCUUCAAGGAAAGAACGAGGCAUUUGUUGAGAGAGUGGUACCUGCAAGACCCUUAUCCGAACCCAAGCAAAAAACGAGAGCUUGCUCAAGCAACUGGACUUACACCAACACAAGUGGGGAACUGGUUUAAGAAUCGUAGGCAAAGGGACAGAGCAGCAGCAGCUAAAAAUAGGCUGCAGCAGCAGAUUUUGUCACAGGCAACCGUGCGCUCUUUGAACGAGGAAGACGCUGCCGUGGAACCAUUGGUGGGCGCCUCAAGUCCCGCACUAGCCUCUGCAACGUCUCGGGGAGAAGCAAAACGGCCACUUAGGCUAUUUCCAUCACAUCGAGCGACAGUGACUGCGACAUCUGAGGGGGAGAAAAAGCCCGCAUCUUGAGAGUGCCUCCAAAUUCCAGCACAAUGAUUUGGGCAAAGACUGUCAGUAAUCACAGUCGCCACAUGCUUGCAUUGAUUUCUUAAGAACGACUGUUUUUGCUGUAAGGCAGAAGAUUUAACGACAAUGGUCUUAAAAACUAGUUGUUGCCUUUAUUGAAAGGAUAUAUAUAUAUAAAGAAAAAAAUACCGAAGUGAUGCCUCAAAAACCAUUUGUGUCAAGCUGCAACAUUUUGAGCACCUGCCCUGUACCUUCGUGGGUAUUUCAUGUUGAAAGUCGGUGUUAUAUUUUUACUUUACUUUAAAGUUAUAUAUACAUAUUAACAUAUGUUUGUUUAUCUAUUGAAAGGGGUUGCUUUGUUAGUUUUUUUAAUUAUUUGUUUGUUUCCUUGUGAAAAGAAUGUUUGUAGAAUGUUGUAUGUUAGCUAGCGAAUCCACAAUUUGAAAGAAAAUAAAAUAUUUAACGACGGGCUUUUUAUCUGGAGCUUCAGUUUUUCUGUGCUUUCAAUAGAUUGCAAUCGUAAAUUUAAAUUCCAUAAUGUUUUUGAUAGACAUUUUGAUGUUUUUAUCUGAAUAAAUUAAAUCUGAAUGAAUCGUUUAAUCUUAUACUGUAAGAGAGAGACAAACGUUACGCUUCUGCCCCCUUAAAACUAACAUGGUUUUGCAUUAUACAAUUUAACAUUGAUCUUUAAGCCGUUGAGCAAUGCUCUAUUUGCUCUUGGCGGCUUUUUUCGUUUGUGUUUCUCCAUCAGGAAUUGAAUUUAAAUAUUUUCAGUGUAAUUUGAUUUCUUGUCUGUUAUUGAACCCUUAAUAAUUAUAGAAUGAUAUAUCGUGACCAUGUACAUUUGCGCUUAUUGGUAAUCGGGAAGAGUGAUAUGUUGUUUGUUGUUAACUAUAUAUUAAACCCUUCUAUAACAGCUUAGGUGUUAUAAUUGAAGCCUGUAUUGACAUAAAAGCAAGACGCAAUUGGAUAUAUUCAUCGCACAUUUUGUUUUUAAUUGUAUCUUGCAUUCGAAGCAGUUUGUCAAAUAAUUUAUAAUAUAAUCAUUUUUGAAAUCGUGUGUCGAAAGUAAGGAGAUAUAUUGCUUACUUUCUAUGCGUCAUUACAACAGAACAUGCUGUAGACAGUUUAAAAUAAACAUUGCUUUAGGGAAUGGUACAAUGCAUGUAAAAUCGCUAAUGUCUGCAGCAGUUUACGAAGAGACUGGCCAUGGGUUGCAAUUACUUUCUUUCAAAUAACAACGUUCUCGGAAAUAGUCCCCACUCUAAACAAGCAACUGCUAAGAAAUGCUAUGGAUCAAUAUUUGGUAAAAUUGUAUUAUUUGUAUGAAUCACGUUACUAUUGUUUUAUUGGUUUACACAUUUUAUUCAAGUUGCGGGAUGACGUGGUUUUAAAAGCAGUGUAGCUGAACAGAAAUACAACAGUAAAUGCUAACAAUACUGUCAGCAGCUCAGAUUAGACGAUGCCACAACCCACAGAUGAUGUUUGAACUGCUGAGUAUUUCAAGCAUUUUCUGUUUUUAUUUCAGAUUUCCACCAUCUGCGGGUUUCUGCCUUGCAUACCAAAUAGUAUGGAGGCUCUCUUCCAUUUAAAGAGAGAGGAUGUUUUAUAUUUCUCCAUUUAAUUAAAAUGCACGUGUGUGUUAUGUACUAAAAA